UACUUUUAUGGUAAAAUUAUGGUGAAAAACAAUAAUUGGGUGCACAACUGAAAUUCACAUGUGCCUGUUUAGUUUCACUUUCAAAUCUGAAAGUGAAGGUGUGGAUUUAUAGCAAAAAAAAGUAUUAAAAAUGUGUCUGUUUCUCACCCAUACAUAUCACACUGCUUCUGAAGAUAUUAAUUAAACAACUGGAGUUAUAUGGAUUACUUUUAUGCUGUCUUUAUAUGCCUUUUGAACCAUCAGAUUUCUGGCCACCAUUUACUUGCAUUUAAAGGACCAACAGAGCUGAAACAUUCUUCUAAAUAUCCUUGUUUGUGUUCAGCAGAAGAAAAAAAUGUAUACACAUCUGUGAUGGCAUGAGGUGUUAUUUGAGUGUCACCUGUCACUGUGAUGCCAUCCUCUAAAGAUGCUGUGCGCAGUCAGCGGCGCAGGGAGUUGGAUGCACGCAGGAGUAAAUCUCGCGUGCGGCUGGGCUCGUGCCUUCAGAGCUGGGUUCAGCUGAAAGAGAAACUGGGCUUCUCUUUGCACUCAGAGCUGGCCCAGCAUCUGCUCGAGAGCUACUUCUCAAGAGGUUGUUUCAAAUGCUCAGGUGGUAGAAAAGGAGAGAUCACAAACACCCUGCCAACCACCACAGAAUCUUUGCAGGAACUUAUACUGUUGGUCCACAGCCAUGGACAAAAGUGCCCUCUUCUUCCUGUCCUGCAAUCCAGGACAUUCACAAACAGAGCAGGACAAGAUCAGAGCACUAACAGAACAGGGAGGCGAGAGAAACAGGUCAAAACUGAGCCUAAGGAUGCCAGUCAAUCAUCUAAAGUGGAGAUCUGUCUGAAAUGCACCUGUGAAGGCGACCAUCACUUUUUAUGGUCACCAACCAAAAGAGAGUUUGUGAAGAAGGGAACAAAUUCUGAAAAUAAGAAAAAUGACAACAGUAAAGAUCUGCCUCCCUCCAGUCCAAAGAGUCCUGGAAAACGAGGCAGAAAGCGGUUGAAGGAGCCAGUCGCAGAGUUAGUGAGACAAGAUUUGGUCAGCUGUGUAAAAACUAGGAGAUGGCAAGCAGAAAAAUCUGCCAUUACCCUGAAUGAAUCAGGACAGAAAAGUGAGGCUAGUCCUGCAGUCUCUGGAGACAACACAAAUUCAGGUGUUACAGUGACUGAGACUGCACAGGAUGCUGUUCCACCGGAAGGAAGUGAUAUUUCAGCAUUGUCGCCUCCAGAGCUUGAAUCACCAGCUCACAGUCCUGAGAUGGCUACAGAUGAUCUUCACAGUGAAUGCACUGAAAACCAGAGCCCUUCUGAUAAAGUUAGCAGUGAGGAAGUUGUAGUGUUGAAUUUAACCAACAGAGGGACCCAGGAGAUAGUAGAUCAGACUGAAAAACACAAUGUCAACAAAAGGGCUGGCUCACUUCAAAAUAACAACCCACAAUCUUUGAAGGAUGACAUUUCUCAGAUUGGUGGCAAAAGAAAAAGAAAAAUAACACCCAAAGUCAUUUUGCCUUGUGAGUAUGAGGGCUGCGAUAAGAUUUUCUCCAGUCGGCAAUAUCUAAAUCAUCACGUCAAGUACCAGCACCUCCAGCAGAAGACUUUCUCCUGCUCGCACCCUACAUGUAACAAGUCGUUUAAUUUUAAGAAGCAUCUGAAAGAGCAUGAAAAAUUGCACAGCAACCAGAGAGACUAUAUCUGUGAGUUCUGUGCCCGGGCAUUCCGAACCAGCAGUAACCUGAUUAUCCAUCGCAGGAUACACACCGGAGAGAAACCGCUGCAGUGUGAGGUGUGUGGAUUUACCUGUCGUCAAAAAGCCUCUCUGAACUGGCACAUGCGUAAACACAAUGCUGAGAGCACCUACCAGUUCCCCUGUGAGAUCUGUGGACGCCGAUUUGAAAAGAGAGACAAUGUCACAGCUCACCGCAGCAAGAGCCAUCCGGACCAUUAUGCAUCAACCCCUGAAACUCAGCCUUUUCUCUUUCCUCCCGUGGACUCAUUCCCACAUCCCUUGCGGCAGCAUGAAUCUUCCCCUGCUGCUUUCAUGGACCAUGCCGAUCUUGUAUAACAUUUGUUUUGUUUUGACAAAUACAAAAUAGUUGCCUGUGGUUAGGAACACAAUGGAUGAUCAUGUGGGUUUUUUCAGUAAACAAACUGAGAAAUCUUCAGUGCUCAAAAGCCCAUGUGAUGGGUAUUUUAGUACUGAAAACUCAUUUUGGGGUGUUUAAACUAUUUAUAAUUCAUGUGUUACCAUUAGGCAGAGGCUGGGCUCCUGUAAAACUGACCUAAAUUAGCAUAUUUGGGUCAGUCUAUUAAUUAAUUGUCAUUCAUUCCUCACACAUGGGUUGUUACAAAUUAGUUCUGUUUAACAUUGUAGUUAAUAAGUACUUUCAGAAAAAGUGGAGAAUUACACUCACUGAGCCCUUUAUUAGGAAGACCUUUACACCUGCUUCUUAAUGCAAUUAUCUAAUCAGCCAAUCAUGUGGCAGCAGUGCAAUUAAUAAAAUCAUGCAGGUACUGGUCAGGAGCUACAGUUAAUGUUCACAUCCACCAUCAGAAUGGGGAAACUACUUCAUUCCCUUACCAAAGUUUUAACAGUGGUAUUUGUAACAAGACCAUAGUAAGCACAUGGAAGCAUGGAUCUUCUUUACUACUGUGGUUAGAUAUAACAUGAUUUCUACAAAACAAACAAAAGCAUUUUUGUAACAGUAGGCCUAUUCUAUACAUGUAAAAACAAUUAAUACAAAAUAUACUGUAAACAUUAAAAAGUUGUAACAAAAAUGUAUUUAGUAGCAUAUGACUAAUUUCAUAGAGCUGAAGUAGUGAUAUGACAAUAUUUAUUAUCAAUCUAUUUCUGCCUAAAGUACAGUUAGUGUUACUAUAGUACAUUCAAGGGUGGUCUUGUAGAAUUCUGUGCUGAAUUAAAAUGGUUUCCGCAUCUCGUGCCAUGCUUCUUACUGGUUCUCACAGCGCUGCAAUCAUCAGAGGUGCGCAUUUAAGAGCUCAAGUCAAGUCUGUGAGUAAAACGCACCUGCUUUGCGCUCGCACUGCUCUGUCCAUCGAGCCAUAUCCAUCUAAAGAGCCAUGCAGGUGCAUUAGCGGAGGUUGUGACUUCGCCUGUCUAUUUGAUGCUGCUAAACCAGAUACUUCAGAUGUGUCGCUAGACUUAAGAAUCAGAUGAACUGUGGUACAAAUGCAUACCAAUCUGUAUAAUGGAGACUAGAUAAACAUUUUAAUGCAAUCAGGAACUGAUAAACGCCCCCCAUUUGUAACCUAAUGCUCCCCUCUCCACUAAUUUGCUCUCUGGGCCCCCUGGCAUCCUUUGAACACCGAGGGGGGUGUUCCCCCUGUUGAGAACCCCUGUUUUAGAGUUUACUCAGAACUGUGCCAAAAACAAAAAAAAAAUCCAGUGACCGGCAGUUCUGAGGACAGAAACUCCUUGUUGAGAGAGGUAAACAGAGAAUGGCCAGACUGGUUCAAGAUGACAAAGACUACAGUAACUCAGAUAACCACUCUGUACACUUGUAUUGAGCAGAAUAGCAUCUCAGAAUGCACAACAUGUCGAAACUUGAGGCAGAUUGGCUACAACAGCAGUGACCACAUCAGGCACUUUAUUAGGACCAAAAUGUUCCUAUUAAAGUGCUCAGUGAGUGUAUAUCUUAUGGUCAAUUUGUUAUUAAUUAUUAAUGAAAGUGUUUUUAUACAUAAUGUUUGGAGAUAAAUGUUAAUACAACUAAACUUGAUUGUUGUAUCUAAUCAUGUGUGAUCAAAUUCUUUUUUAAUAUAAAUUGUAUAGUUAUAUUUUAUUCUUAAAAUAUUCUUAAUUUCUAUUAUCUAUGAUAUACUUUCCUCCUAAAUUACAUUUUUGGGAAAUAUUUGCAAAGCACGUUGCAUGUUUUGCAAUAUGUUGAAUGCAUAACUUUUGUGGUGAUUUGUACAGUGGGUUGUCUUUGUAUCAAAAGCUUUUUCAAUAUUUAAUCAUGUGCAGGGGCCAACUUUUGGAAAGUUAAAAGGCAGACAUGUGAAGCUUAUGAUUUUAUAAAAGCACUUAAAUUAAUUGUUCUGUUAAAACUCAUGUAUUAUUUGAGCUGAAAAGUUGUUUAAAUUAUAAUUUAUAACAUUUUAGGGUUUGUUGACAUUGCAUCGCAAUGGCAUUUAAGUUGUAAGAUUGGCUAUAACUUUACAAAGAAAAAGUUAGUAAGUGAUUUUAUCACACAGUUCGUUUUUGUCUUGUGGCUAUACUUUUAAAAAAGUGAGUAUUUUAUAAAAAAAAUUAAAAUGGCCCAAUUCACUUCCAUUGUUGGUGCAUCACUGCAAAAAUGACAUUUUCACUAGUUGUAAUUAAUUUGUUAUCAGGAAUGGAUAGGCUAUUUGUAUGAAUAACAAUGUAGUUAUAUAUGUUUAGUAGUGAGAUGUAAAGCUGAUUUGUGAAAUUGGAAUUUAAACUAUAAAGACAU